CAGUUGGAAAUAGAGCUUACGUCUAGGUGAGCAACAUUCAAGUCCCAUAGCCGGUAAAAUGAAACUUUCUGUAUACAGCAAAGCAAAGCAGUUUUGAACCUUGUUUUAGGAACAUUGUUUUUAUGGAAAGUGACGUACAUUCAGAGAAGCAAGAAUGUCUAGGUUCUCUUCAUGUCAAAAACCUAUAUAUGUGGGACCCUCCCAAAAUCAAAAGACCAAAGCAAAAAUCUUUGGAUAUUUUCUUUGCCCUUUUAAUUUACCCAUUCUUGGUUCUGUUUAUUGAUAAUUAGUAUAAAGAUUUUUGCUUUAGAGGAAGGGUUGCAUAUAUAGCACUGAAGCUCACCUGAAAGUGGGUUUUCUUCCAAUAUUUUUUUUGUUAAUCAUCAUUUAGAUUUUCGGUUUCUCUAUUUUUGUGUAAAAAAAAAAACUUUAUGCUGUUUUAAUAGGUUUUAACCUUUUUCUCUUCAUAGUUUCUUGUUUUUGGAGUGCCAAAAAAAAUCGAGGAACUUGGAAUAUUGUUUUUUCCAAGAUCACUUUUUUAUCAUCAACUAGAAUUUGGGUUUCUCUAUUUAUGUGUAAAGAUUAAAGCUUUCUGCUCUUUUAUUAGUUUUUAAUCUUUUUCCCUUCAUAAUUUCUUGUUUUUGGAGUGCAAAGAAGAAAAUUAAUUGGGGAAAAGAAUAAUCUUGGAUUGAAAAUUUUGAGGCUUUGCUCAAAAGGGUAUGCUAGAUUUUGAGGAAUAUAGGUAUGUUAGAUCUAGGAAUGUUAAAGAUCAUUUUUUGUUACUACUUUUUAUUGGAGUUGUGAGCCAAUGAGAUCUAAUUGGUUGUUUGCAUUUCAUGUUGAUUGAGUUGAGAUAUUCAGAAAAUUCAAAAUUUUCCCAAUUUGAUGGUUUGAAAGGAGUCCUUUUAAGGUAAGAAUAUUAAUUAUGUUAAGGUGGUUGUUUCUAGGAUUGUUGAUUUCUUUGGUCAUUAUCUCUGUUAAAGCUAAUGAUACUGAAUUCUCCAAUUGUAACUGUGAUGAAGAAGGUAUGUGGAGUAUACAUAACAUUCUUGAGUGCCAAAAGGUGAGUGAUUUCUUGAUUGCAGUUGCUUACUUUUCUAUUCCACUUGAGUUGCUUUACUUUAUUAGUUGCUCAAAUAUUCCUUUUAAAUGGGUUCUUAUCCAAUUCAUUGCAUUCAUAGUACUAUGUGGCUUGACUCAUUUGCUCAAUGGAUUGACUUAUAAUAGUGCUCAUCCUUCCUUCCAAUUGAUAAUGUCAUUAACAGUUGCCAAAAUCUUAACUGCCCUUGUUUCUUGUGCAACUGCAAUUACCCUUUUGACUCUGUUCCCUCUACUCCUCAAAAUAAAAGUUAGAGAACUGUUUUUGACACAAAAUGUUAUGGAGCUUGAUCAAGAGGUUGGGUUGAUGAAGAAGCAGAAAGAAGUAUGUAUGCAAGUCCGUAUGCUUACACGAGAAAUUAGGAAGUCGAUUGAUAAACACAAUAUCUUGUAUACUACUCUAGUUGAGCUUUCAAAGACCUUGAAUCUGCACAACUGUGCAGUUUGGAUGCCAAAUGAAAAUAGGUCAGUGAUGAACUUGACACAUGGGUUAAGCCCCGGUUCUGCUGUAGAAUACCAACGUUCGCUUCCGAUUGAUGAUCCGGAUGUGUUGGAGAUAACAAAGAACAAAGGGGUAAGGAUUUUGAGGCAAGAUUCAGUUCUUGCAGCUGCAAGCAGUGGAGGGCCUGGUGAGCCGUGUACUGUUGCAGCAAUUCGGAUGCCAUUGCUUCGUGCUUCGGAUUUCAAAGGGGGAACGCCGGUGUUGGUUGACACUCGUUACGCCAUUUUGGUUUUGGUUCUUCCAAGUGGGGAUUUUGAUUGGAGCAGUAAUGAGAUGGAGAUAGUGGAAGUAGUUGCUGAUCAGGUGGCGGUGGCACUGUCUCAUGCCACGGUUCUUGAAGAGUCUCAAUUAAUGAGGGAGAAACUAGAGAUUAGGAAUGGUUUGCUGCAGCAGGCUAAGGAGAAUGCUGUGAAGGCAACACAGGCAAGGAAUUCAUUUCAAAAGGUAAUGAACAAUGGGAUGAGACAGCCAAUGCACUCAGUUUUGGGUUUGCUUUCCAUACUUCAAGACGAGAACUUUACAAGCUCUAACCAGAGGAUUAUUAUUGACACAAUGAUGAGAACAAGCACCGUUCUGUCAACUUUAACAAAUGAUGCAAUGGAUAUAUCCGAGAAAGAUGAAGGAAGAAUCCCAGUAGAAAUGAUGCCCUUUCAGCUGCAUUCACUGAUCAGAGAGGCUUCUUGUCUUGUUAAAUGCCUGUGUAUUUAUAAGGGCUUUGGCUUUUCUACGGAUUUUCCCAAUUCUUUGCCUAAUCUGGUGAUGGGCGAUGAAAAGAGAACGUUUCAGGUGUUACUUCAUAUGGUGGGGCAUCUAUUAAAUAUCAGCUUUGGAAGCGGCUCCGUUGUAUUCAGGGUUGGAACUGAGGAUGGGAAUGAUAAGAUUUGGGGAGCAAGAAGACAUAGCAUAGUUGAUGAAUACGUUACCAUAAAAUUUGAAACUAAAAUUAAUCUUGAAAGUUCUCAAAGAAAUAGCUCAAUGUCAAGUAUUCACUUUGGUGGAAGGAGGUAUAACAGCAAAGAGUUAAAGGAGGGCUUGAGUUUCCGCAUGUGCAAAAAGCUUGUUCAGAUGAUGCAGGGAAACGUAUAUAUGUCCUCAAAUUCCGAGGGUCGUGCACAAGGGAUGACUCUUAUUCUCAGAUUUCUAAAACAGUCAUCAUUUAGAAAACACAUGUUUGAUCUUGGAAAUCCUUUGGAGCAAGCAAUUUCCAGCUCAAUGUUCAAAGGCCUUCAAGUUCUACUUGCUGAUGACGAUGACGUAAAUAGAAUGGUAACCAAAAAGCUGCUCGAAAAACUGGGUUGCCAAGUAAUUGCUGUGUCAACUGGUUUUCAGUGCCUAAGUGCAAUGGGCCAUUCAAAAACUUCUAUACAAGUUGUCAUUUUGGAUCUUCACAUGCCGGAAAUGGAUGGAUUUGAAGUGGCGAUUAGGGUGCGCAAGUUCCACAGCCAUGGUUGGCCGUUGAUCAUAGCCUUAUCUGCUACUUCAGAGGAACUAGUUUGGGACAGAUGCCUACAGGUCGGAAUCAACGGUCUCAUAAGAAAACCUGUUCUCUUGCAAGGAAUGGCCGAGGAACUUCAGAGAGUCCUACAAAGGGCUGGUGAAGGCUUUUGAUGUAAUACUAAUGGCGAAAACAAACUUGGAGUUCUCGAAAUAGUCACGAGCCUGAAUUCAAACCACCUUCACUCAGUAGCAGAGCCAGGAAUUCUAACCAAGGAUAUUCAAAAAAAAAUGCAGGAAUGUCACACCAAGGAUUCAACCCUGCAACUUAAAAGCAAUUUUUGGACCGCCUUUGCCAUUACACUAGAAACUUCUCUUAUGUCUAGAGGAUUCAAAAAUACAAAUAUAUGCACAAAAAAAUUAUUUUUCCCUAUUUGCACAGUAUAGUUUUCCAACGACUUCAUUACAUGUAGCUCCGCCAGUGCCUUUACUGGACCAUUGUAGAGAUAACAUCACAGCUUUGGCAGAUAAAUCAGCUUCUUGCUAACCUUGUAGUAUGUGCAGUUUACAUCAUACAACAUUACAACUUAUAUAUCAGUUUGCCAUUCAAUUAUUGGCUCA